AUGGACAUGCGGUCCAAGGCGUACCCGCAGUUGCCAGAGGGCGACCGGCUGCGACUCGUCCUGCCUCGCACUGGGGACCUGCGCUUCCGGUCGAAGCUUCCAGCGGACUUUGCCCGGUCUCUCUACAUCCACGCAGACCCACGACGUCGCUUUUGCUAUGCGCGUUUCCAGCUCCGACGCAAGUUCAUUGUCAUGUCCACAAAGGGGGAUCUGUACGUAAAGAACAGCGUCACGACCUACUCCAUGUCUGAUUUGCCCAACAAAAACGUGCUCAACAUGCCUCGUAUGGCGCGUGGUGAUCCCGUUAAGGUCCUGGACCUCGUGCAAUGCUCGAGAGGCGAGGGACAUCACUGGGAGCUCGCGUUUACGCGCUGGCGGAACGGUAUGGAAACGUGGCUGCCAGUCGAGGUGCUGCGGCUGUUUGCACCUCGCUUGCUUCAGGAAUUUUACGUCAAUAGUAUCAAUUCGUGGGCCUUUUACAACCGUCUACAAGCCGGGAAUCUUUCGGCAUUCCAGACUGAAGUAGAGCUCUGGCUUUUUCACUCCGAGUUUCAGGACUUGUACGAAAAGCUUCGUCAGAUACGAACGGGUGGAAGUGCAACAAUGUCACAUUCGCAUGCGCAAGCAGCACGAAUGUCGGAUCAUGCGCGUGUUAAACUGGAGCGACUGACGGGGUCUGUACAUUCUUCACACACGCUGUCAACAACUCGUACGCCGUACGUUACUGGAUUGAUUCCUACACCUCCAACAGCGAGUAAUCUGUCAGAGGUAGUGAUAGAAGAAUAUGAGCAACGAAGGCUUGCGAGGGAGCGUCAGGAGACACUUGACCAGAAUGUCUGGCGGCAUCUCCAUCAUCAACAACAAGUAGCAGAGCAGGGUGACCUGCAGCAGAAACGAUUGGAGUGUGAACGGCGUCUCCAGGCUGAGCGACAAAAGCGUGCUAUAUCCGAAGAGCUAGAAAAACGCCAAAAGGAAAACCAACAGCGACUUCAAAAGCUGCGUGAACAAGAAAGAGUGGAAGUUACGCAGCAACAACAGCGGAGUCGACCACAUAGGGAAAAAAAUCACGGAGAAGUUCGGUGCGAACCUGAGCAAGUUGAACCAGAUGUGUUGCAGAAACACCCUCCCGUUCGACACUCUUCACAAGAAACUGCUACGAGAACGGAACUCCGGGACAAAACUUCCAAAAGUAGUGCUGUCGUCCACUCUGUACACCAACCAAAAGGAAAGGGGUCUACCUCAAUAUGGACCGCGGGUUGUGACGAAGAGUAUGCUCCACCGAGCGUAAGCGGUGAAAAUGAUGACAGUGCUGCUAGUGCUGAUAGCCAGGCAAGUGAGUGCAGGAUGGUGAAUUUGCCACGUAAGCGCCGUCGAAAGCGGUUAUUGUACUCUCAAGUUGGGUUGGAUGACGAUGAGGACUUUCCUGAAUUGUCGCAGCCACCUUCUCGGCAGAAUGUAGCUCAGGCUUCCGGCAAAGAUGACUUUUCAGAUAACCAAGUUUUGCUGAGAAAUAAAAAGCAGAAGCAGUCAAUUGAGUCUAGUCGUUCCGAAGAAAAGGAGACCGCAAAUUGCUGCUUAUCAGCGGCAACUACUUCAGUCACAAAAGGCAAUAAUGAUGCAACAAAAAAUAAUGGAGAUGGUAAAGCUACAGAUAUCGUCCAUGACAAGGUUGAUGACGAUGGUGAUGAGGACAGUGAUGACGACAGUGAUGACGGCGACGAGAUGGACUUAAAGUCUCAAAUUACAUGUGGCAAGAUUCGAUGUGUGUGUGGAUCUACAUCAGUUGGACGAUAUCGUGGACUAUGGUUGCAAUGUUCGAACGCAGAGUGUAGUGUUUGGGAGCACGCUGAUUGUGUUGGGGUUUUGAUCGGUUCUGAAAAGCAGCUACCAUCGAAGUAUCGGUGCACUCGGUGUGAUUCUGAUGCACACGUGACGCGUUGUGCAAGCGCGUCCCAACAAAUUCUAGAUUGGUUGUUCCAGUGUUGCGACAGUAGAAACCUAAAGCAGCUGAUGGACUUGUUAAAAGGCAAAACUGGAGCUGCGAAUAUUGCAACGGGGUGGAAAAACGUGCGUUUAGAGAAUAGGACUCUGGCGAUGCAUGCUUCGUAUAAUGGUCUUGCCGAGUGUUUAAGCUAUUUAUUGGACGAGUGCAAGGUGGACAUAUUUGCAACGGAUCUACAGAGCCGUAACACACUUCACUUUGCGGCGCAAGGUGGGUCAGUUGGUUGCUGCCGGAUUCUCCUCAAACAUGAUCAAAGGCUGUUGCUUCACCCAGACUUGUGUGGGCGUAUGCCAUUUCACCGCAUGCUGCAAUCAUCAAAAGUCAACAAGCUCUGUGUUCCUCUUAUGCAAGAAGAUCAGGCGCUGAUUGGUAUGGGUGAUUUAGAUUGUAAUUUUCCGAUUCACUACGCGUGCCAGGCCGUCAACCACUCCGCAGUGAGAAUCUGUCAAUUGAUCGUUGCUGCUCAACCUUCUAUGCUUCAGGAAAAGUCGGGCGAAGGCUUACAUCCUUUGAUGAUUUUAUGCAAGUCGGCUGAUACAGAUCCGGCCCAAACAAUGGUAGGCUGCUCGAGUGAAGUGGUCAAAAGUGUUCAGGAAAUAAUAUCAUUAAUGCUUGGCGUCGACGUGUUUGGGGACUGCUUGAACCAGCAAGCACCUAAUGGAUGGUCCUUGCUCCAUUUUGCUGCAGCAUCGGGAAAUUAUGAGCUCGUUACUUAUUUGUGCAACAUUGGGCUCCUUGAUGUGAGUCGCGCCGCAAAAGGGUCUGAGCAGACAGCACUCCACAUUGCAGCACAGGAAAAUCGCGUGCUAUGUGUUCGAGCCCUCUUGUCCGAGGGGUUUGACGUAAUGGCAAAAGAUACUUACGGACGGAUUCCGAUGAUGUACACCGAUGAUGUUGAAUGUAUUCAAGAGUUGAUGCACUACAAGCUAACCAAACAGCUGUCGAGACUGCACCGCAUGCUUGGCAAAUACAAGCAGCGCGAGCUUAUCCGUCGGUGGCAACGGCUUGUAGCACGUGACCCGGUCUGCUUCGAUAUUCUUAACGACUGGUGUCGUAGUGACACUGAACGGAUUGAGCGGAUGGAGGGGCUUCUGCUGUCCAAUCCGUUCUUACUUCGACUAGAUAACAAAAUCAAGCACAUACGAAAAAACAUCAUUCCCUCCGUGAAACAAGUCUCGGGUCAAUGCUCUACGGGUUUCGCAAAAGGUACUACAGGCAUUGAAAAGUUAUCCAGAGGACAGAAGAAGCUUGCGUUUGUGUUUUUACGCGGUGAUCAAUGUUUCUGGAAGCAGUUUGUUGGUAUGGCAGGGAUGCUCGAGCCCGAGCAUUUUCGUUUGCCGAUGGUUUUCUCCAUAAAAGACGGUGGUGGAAAUAGUCAAGAUCUUGUGAACUGCUGUAACGAUGCUAAGCCGGUUCUGGUUCGAUUGGCGGCCGAUUUGCUGAAAAAAGUACCGAGUAUUCUGGUACGCGGAUCCAGCAAGGCACUUAAGCAGGAACCCCUUUUUUCGGACAAGCAAGAGCUAAGAGCGCAACUGCUGGACUUUUACUUGCUAGGGGAGCUGACUGCACAUUUUGUACUAUAUGAAGUUCCUCUUGGUGGAACACUGGAUUAUGCUUCAUCUUUCUUGCGCUGCAUUGGAUGUAAAGGAAAGUAUCAACUGGCAUCGGAUAAGCCUUGGGAAACGGUUGGACGCUCAUUUGCUGCGGGAUUUGAUGCUGUGUUGCCUGCCACCCUCGAAAUCUUCCACGCAGACGAUCUCCGCGUGCUAUUCAAUGGUCCACACACAUGUUGCAAUGCUCUGCAGAUUGACUGGACGUCUGCUGUCGAUUGGGAUACCAGCAGCUUUGAAGGGAUGGGCGACAAGGGUGCUGGUCGUAUGAAGGCAUGGUUGCCUCGCCUGGUAAGCGAGCUUGUCGAGGAAGAGCAGCAGCUUAUUUUGUUAUUCACGAUGGGCACAUAUCUGCUUGUGAAUGAUCGCUCUUUCCAGUCAAAAAGCGAUUUUGGCCGUAUCACAAUCGCAUUAUAUCCUGGAAACGAUAAUGGGUUCCACCAUGACGCAAUGCACCCUGCGAUGGAACACAAUCCUGAUAUACUACGCCUCCCAUCAUAUUCAUGCUACGAGGCAUUUAAAAAAGGAAUGCUAACUGCAAUCAGGCAUGCUGAUCAUGCCUUCCUUCCGGAGUAA